AUGCCUCAUACUGGUCAGCAAAUCAACGUACUGGAAUUACUGAUCAGUACUGAAAAGAAAGGUCAACGGUUGAUCGACGAGGCACGGAUUCGAAGGAAAGAGCGGAUCAAGAAUGCCAGAGAUCAGGCAAAUGGAGAGAUCACUAAAUUCAGACAGGUAAGCCAGCUUUGGUGUCAUAGAGUGUGAUGUAGAAGAGAGCAAUGUCAAUUUAAGUAAAACUGAAUGUAAUUUUCUAUAUUCAAAAAAACGCUUUCUUUGUUUCAGCAAUGCGAGGUCAAGUUCCAGCAUCAGUUGCAAGCGAAGAACAAAGAAAUGCAAGAUUACAAAGUGCAGGUCGAACGAGAAACUGAAACCAAGUUGCAGAUGAUCAGGUCAAAUGUCGAGAAGAACAAGAGCAGAAUAGUGUUCAUGCUUUUGGACGUCCUAACCAAUAUUAACCCCGAGGUACAUCGAAACUUGGCCAGCAGGAUUGCCGUAGGUAAAGGAGUCUUCAAGCCGAGGACACCUUGGAGACCCUUGGAAUUGCGUUUCCAUGAUUAA